AUGGAUCAAGGAAAUCCUGAUGCUCCGCCAGCCAUUCCUCAUGCUGAACAGGCUAUGGGGGAUCUGGAUCUAGCCUUGCGAUUGGGGCCGCCGAGCCCAACAAAAGAGGCUCUCGAAAGAGAGCUUUCGACCUUUCUUUCUUCCUUUGGAAAUAGGGAAGUUAGAAGGGAUGUCUUGGAAGGGACAAUAAGGAAACUCGACUUGAACAGCGCGUCCCCAGAAAAGCUUUUUUUUGAGGAUCCGACAACUUAUGCAGGAACUUUCCAACAGACCGGUUGCUGCUUCCACAGCGUUGAAGGCUUUAUUGAAAGCUUUAAAAGAGUGGGAGAAAGGGGACGCAUGAGCGUUGGAUAA